AUGUUACCUGUGGCAGCACCUGUACCUGUGGCAGCUCCCGUGGCAGCACCUGUACCUGUGGCAGCACCUGUACCUGUGGCAACACCUGUACCUGUGGCAGCACCUGUACCUGUGGCAUCACCUGUACCUGUGGCAGCACCUGUACCUGUGGCAACACCUGUACCUGUGGCAGCACCUGUACCUGUGGCAUCACCUGUACCUGUGGCAGCACCUGUACCUGUGGCAGCACCUGUACCUGUGGCAGCACCUGUACCUGUGGCAGCACCUGUACCAGCACCUGUACCUGUGUUAGCACCUGUACCUGUGGCAGCACCUGUACCUGUGGCAGCACCUGUACCUAUGGCAGCACCUGUACCUGUGGCAGCACCUGUACCUGUGUUAGCACCUGUACCUGUGGCAGCACCUGUACCUGUGGCAGCACCUGUACCUGUGGCAGCACCUGUACCUACCUGUGGCAGCACCUGUACCUGUGGCAGCACCUGUACCUGUGGCAGCACCUGUACCUGUGGCAGCACCUGUACCUGUGGCAGCACCUGUACCUGUGGCAGCACCUGUUAUCAAGCAUGA